GAACGCGCUAACCAUUCCGUCAAGUGGUCUUCACUGGGCUUCGCGCGGCUCGGCUCUGCUCUGCUUUUCUAUCGUAGUCUACUCUGUCCUGCGCCAAGUGACCUUUUGUCGCUCCCCAGUGGAGGGGGUGUUUUACUUAUUGUGAGUGCAACGCGCCUGUGGACUUUGCUGUGGUCGACGUUAGUAACUUUUAGUUGGACUUGCCGAAAAUCGCUUCCUGAAUUGAGACUGAGAAUAGCGCGCGAAUACGCGAGUUACUUCUGUUUCGGUUGUUCGUUAAAAUUUCCCGAGCAUCAGUGCCGGCAGCGACUUGAGAUCAUAUACAUAUGAUGUAUAGAGGAUGCUGACAGAACAGAGAAUGUCGGGAAAGUGCAGCGACUUCUCCGUGUCCAGCCUGGUGAAAGACCUGAAGUCAGCCGCCUCUGACAGCGAGGACAGUCCUGCUGUGGUGGUCGGAGGCAGCAACUGGAGGCUCGACCCGCUGCCUCCACCUCCCGCCGUCACUGCCCCCACACAGCAGCCCACUCACACAGAAAGAGGAGCUGCUCCUUCGACAUUGCGUGAGUUGUACGCACUGGCAGCCAGUCAACAGCCGCUGGCGACUCUCGUCACCCAGCAGCAGCAACGGCUGCUCGAACUCUCCAGGUUCAGGCAUUUCGACUUGCUUUCCCACCAACAGGGUGCUGUCACUAAACUACUAGGUACCUUGAGACCUCCUGGGCUCAUUGGAGGCAGUAAACCGAAAGUUGCAACACCUGCUGUUGUCUCCAAGAUUGAACAAUACAAAAGAGAAAACCCAACGAUUUUCGCCUGGGAGAUUAGAGAAAGGCUGAUUUCAGAAGGUGUAUGCACAAAUGGAACAGCGCCCUCUGUGAGCAGUAUCAAUCGAAUUCUGAGGAACAGAGCAGCUGAAAGGGCAGCAGCCGAGUUUGCCAGGGCUGCCGGCUACGGGCUGCAUCCGUACGCCUCCUUUCCUUGGCCGGCACCCGGACUCUGGCCUUUGCAGGCACAUCCCGGUGGCCCACAGGGGCGGGCUCCUCGCUCGCCCGGUGAUCUGGUUCCUCGACUUCUCGAUGAUUCGAAAGACGAUGAGAGUGGGGGAGAAAGUGGCGAGACGCCCAAGUUCAGACGCAACCGAACAACGUUCAGUCCAGAUCAGCUGGAUGAGUUGGAGAAAGAGUUUGACAAGAGUCAUUAUCCGUGCGUCGCCACGAGAGAACGACUCGCGGCCAAAACGAGUCUUUCCGAAGCCAGAGUUCAGGUGUGGUUUUCUAACAGACGCGCCAAGUGGAGGCGGCAUCAGCGCAUGAACCUGCUGAAAUCUCGGCGAGCGCAGGCGGCCGGAGGCAGCGAGACUAGUGGGGGCGGCGACCACCAGGAGGCGGCAGGAGCGGGAAGCGGAGGCCGGUGGGGCGGCGAACAUAGUGCUUUCAAGGCGUUGGCCGACCGACCUCCCUCGGGCUAUGCGUCGUCGGACACUUCCGAGGAGAUCAACGUCACCACCGAGGAUGAGGACGAAGACUGCUUCCGGGCGUCCGGAUCGUCGGCUCCCGUUGUACGGACGUGGCCGCCGGCCGCCCUUACCGGACAACAGCCCCUCCAACUCACCAAAUACGACCCGGACCGGUUGUGACUCCCGGCCCAGCCGCACCUCCGGACACCGCCGGACAACCCUCUCUACGCCCCUACCGGAUACUUGCGCCCCUCUCUCGAUCUCCCGUCGGUUGCUUCAAUCGUCGCACAAGCCGCUGAAACUCAAACUUCACGUUAAAAACUCGGAAAAGCGGUCAAUGUUCACAACAAUUAAGCAAUUAUGUACAUAUCAAAUAAAUUCAAUGUAAGGCACCCUUACUUACUGAUGUAAGUCAGUAAGAACUAACGUCAUCUACCCACUACAGUAGCAGGAAUUUAUUAGGAAAUAUACUAUGAAUUUAAAAGUUUGAAUGAUGCAGUGUUCUUGUGGUUUUCUCAAACUAUUAAAACAUUAUUAUGUCCGAGAAUUUAUAAGAUGACAAAACCUCUACAAUAUACAAUUUUUCAACCAUAUUCCAUUGAGAACUCUAUUCAAAAGUGAAUGUAAUAAAUAAAUUCAAUUAUCAUCUCAAUUGAAAGUUGAAUUGUAUUAAUGAGAAAAUCGUUACUCAUCAACUGAUAUUGUCGUUGGGUUCAAAGUAUAAAAUGCAUGUUCUUCGAGGAGUACUCAAUUUUGUAGUAUAUUCAUAUAAGCUGCGUUAAUAAGGUGAAGAUUGUUUGUUGAUAAAGUGAUGUAUAAAUUCUCAAAAUUUCAAUGAUUUUCUCAAAAUAUUCUCUUAUGAAUCUCAAAUUUCACAUCUUCUAUGAAAUUCAAAAGCACUGUUAGUUCCAAACUCAUUGUAUAAAGUCACAUUUUGAAUAGAAUUUAUUGAACAUAGUGUAAAAUAAUUGAAAUUCCUCCAACUUUAUCUGUAUAUUCAUCAAUUCUGUAAUUAAAACUAUUAUUGGAGUCACAUUUGGGCGGGAAAAAUUUCUCUGUACAGAAUGAUUUACAAAUUAUUUAUUUCUGGAAUAAACCUUUUCCAACGAUUUUUGUGUCCUUGGUGAUUAUGUUGAAUUGUACAAAAUUAGGUGAUAAGUAAAAAGCUUUAUGCACGACACUUGUAAAUUAAUAAAAGAUUCGUUUAUAUCA